AUGGUGGCCGGCAAGCAGUUGAGAUCCCAUAGCAGCAAAGAGACUUUGAGACGUCCACCUUCCUCUACUCGAGACGAUUCCAUUGACGAUCUGUACGAGAACAAUGCGUUCGAGGACGAGGACCGCGCGCUGGAAGCUGCAACAGACAAAGCCGGAAGCAAAACGAAGCGAAGCGCCGUGGAAUUUCAAGAGUCCAAAGGUGUCAGUAGCAAGUCCCAGGGGAACAAGGUGCAGUUCGACGUGUGGGUAGCUCGGAAAGACAAGUACGAACGCAUGGCACGCGCAUUGGCACAACUAGACUCAGCUCGAGCUGCCAGUGAGGAUUCCUGGUUCGAAGUAGCAGUGGCAUUGGCUGCUACCGAUUGCCAGCUCAAGACAGGCAAAAUGUCAGCGUGUGACUGCCCUGGCGUGUGUCGUGAGCCAGCUCAUUCCGUAGCAAGGCAACGAACCCGUUGUCAGUGUCCAGCCCGGAAGUGUUCUCUCUGUAGACGUUGCAUCGGUACGAAGCCAGGAGCAAUUUCUCCAAAGAUGAUUAAAGUGCUGGAGCCUUUUGAACAGGCCGUGACUGGGUCUUUUGAUAGUACAAAGACCAUAUUGGAGCUCGCAGGAGUAAUUGUACGCGUGGGUGAAGGUCAAAGUCUUAGUCUCGAGGAUGGCACCAGCGUUCGCAUUACCACAGCAGCUUUUCGAGUGGCUCAGACCGUGUUAGCGCAGUGUAGUAUCCUGGAAUCGCCUGAAGGUGUAAAACUUCAACGCCCUUGCACUUGCCCUGUGCCUUCGCUGGGCGAUUUGUGGGUCAAGUGGACUACCAAGAGUCACACCUUCUCACGUGUGCCGCUCACUGAAGACGAAGCGACACAAUUCUCUGCAGGUACGCGGCAGAUGAUGGACCAAGACAAGAGCGAAGACGGCACUUUGACGUAUUACAUGACGCUCAAAUGGCACGCUGCGGUUAAGCCUCAGAAGGGGGAUACAGCCAAGAUCGCCGCUCGUCGCUCACUCACAGCAGACCAGAAGAAGCAGAACGCCUUCUUCCUGGGACUUUGCAAGAAAUACUGGCAGAAGGCUCAACUCCGCGUAGCUGAACAUUUUCAGAAGACAAUGGCAGCAAUGGCAGGCAACUCUCAAAGCUCUGGCAAAUGCACCGCCGAUGUGGAGAUGGCAGCGUUGAAUCGUCUUGGCGUACGGCGCAUGUUGCAGUGGCUCGAGGAAGACGCUGAAGCUGUGGAGAAUGCUCGUCAAGAAGAAGCCCGAGAGAAAGCGGAGGGUGGAAUCGUGGCACAUAAUGCCUGGGUUCGUCGCAAAGACCGCCUUCGUAUCCGUAUGCCAGCUCCAGAGACAAAUGACGGCGCGAGACCAGUUCGACAAGCCCCGCAACCUCCUCGCUUCGACUUCUCUUUGGGGUCGGGGGUUGUGCGUCAGAAGCAGGUUUGUCGUCCUCCAAGCUCCACCGCAGAGCUCAUGAGGGACAGCGGUCUCAAGUAUGUGCACGCUAUGAGUGAAGGUUUCCAAGGUCGUGGGGGAGACUUGGAGAAGAGUAAACAAUUGCUGGUUCAACAGGGUCACGUGCUGCGGGAUAACUUCGAUCAGGACAACGGAGACGACGACGGCGACGACCCUGACUCGAAGCUGUUCUCGAAAGAGCAUUACCUCUUUGAACGCCGCAAUAAUCCAGCACUCCGUGGGAAGCUUGAGGGAGAUCGACGUCGACGGGAACAGAGUCGAGAAAGUUACGCUGCGUGGGUAGCACACAAGGCUAUGCAAGAUAAAGCAGUCAAGUUCCUGGAGCACCUUCCACCACCAAGAGAAGGUGAGGAAGGCGAGCAGAAUGUAGACAACAAUGUCAGCUACGAAGACGACUUUAACGAGGAUUCAGGUCGCAGUGGCCCUGCAACGCCGGCGACGGUGCGUUGGGAAGAGAUUGGGAAAGCUCUCAAAGCUGUAGAUCGCACUCUGUUGGACGCGUGGGUGCGCUGGAGUCGUGGCUUUCGUAAUGCGGGACGCUGUCGUGCUCUGUGGGAGAGUUUUGCUCCUGUUAGCUGUGAUGUCCACUGCGCGUCUUCUCCAUUGCGUGACGUCUUCCUUAAGCUGCUGCAUCGCCCGUCGGGAGUUAACUACCGUCAAGCAUGUGUCGAAUACUGCACUAAAAAGCACAAACAGGCUUUGGCUCGUGGUGAUGCCAUCGACGAAAACGGUGAAGAGCUGGACGAGGAGUUGAAAGAAGCCAACCUCAUCGCACGCUAUGGUUUCGUGACUGGACGUGAGCUGGCAGUUCUUGCUCGAGGUCUUGGCGUAGUGUUGCAACCCGAAGAAACUCAGAGACUUGUAGAAUUCUUUGCUGACCCUGAUGAAACCAAAGGUGCGACUGGACCCGGUCGGAUUAAACUGGAGGCCUUCUUGGCUGUGGUCGGCGACGAACGUCGUGCUUUGUGUCGCGGAGACACGGAUCAACUACUGAGCUCCGUUUGUAUGUGGGAGACAGUUUGUCACGAGUGCGGGAUGCUGAACGCCUUCCAGCUUGUUCUCGGUACUGAAGGUUCCAGCCAUCGACGUCGGGCUGAGUUGCCAGGACAUGUUUGUAGACGCGAACAGUAUCGAGGCAGAUUCUAUUGCAGUCCUGAGAGCGAUAUGAUCGCUGUGCGACGUGUAGCUCCUCGACAAUGUGCCUUUGCUCAAUGGGAUGACACACAAGCUGCACCUUUCCUGAAGAAGUUGGAGUUGUGGUCUGCAGUGCCGCGAGAGCAGCAUGUUCUUCGCGAGUUAGUAACUUCUGGUCAACCUCCGAGUAUCCCCGUACUUGAGCGAGAUGACAGUGAUGACACACUGGACUUGACCACAAUGCUGCAACUGCGAUGGAAGAUGCCAGCCACUGGAAAAGGUGGAGCCCCAGCUUUCUAUCAGCUUGAGACGGCGGGCGCCGAGGGGUCAGCUACGUUCCGAGUUAGCAAUUAUCACGAGAUUUGUCGCGAUCCCAAGGAUUUCUCCGAUAACGACGGGGCCCCUCGCGGCUCGUUCACUGCCACGGGUCUAUCGCCGAAUACCAAGUACGUUUUUCGUGUCCGUGCGCUUAAUGGCUUCGGUGCUGGUGGCUACGCUUUCUCAUACUUCGUGACAGCUCCAGCGAGACCUGCUGAGCCACUAGCCAUUACGAUAGGCCCUUACAGUGUAAAGCUCGCGUGGGAGAGCUCCUCCUACUACAUGCGACGACUACGAGAGCUAGAGCAAGUGUUCCGAGAAGCUGAUGCCGAUGGGAAUGGUCGAAUCUCACGCGAUGAAUUCAUGGAGGAGAUCGAACGUCGCAAGCCCAAACUGGUUGCUUUCCUCCAGCAAACUACAGCAGCGAGUGCAAUUGGAAACGGCGCGACAUCGGGAGCUUCAUUGAGUGUUUUCGACGCCAUCGAGACAGACGACAACGAGAGCAUUUCGUGGGACGAGUUCUUGAGGUUUUUCCAUGGCGUCUUGGAUCUCUCGGACACCGCAUCACGAAGCUCUCGUUCUUCUAAAGGUUCUCGAUCCUCGACGAACUCUCGUAGGUCCAAAUCGAGCACCUCCGCUUCAACAUGUCGAUAUAUUCUCAAACAGUGCUCCAACGAGUCUGCAGGAGAAUACGUCGAGAUCUAUCGAGGUGCAGCGCCACGGUUCGAGGUGCUGGGACUUCACAGCGGAUCCACGUAUCAAUUCCGAGUGCAGGCUGUCAAUGCCGAGGGCAGACUCAGUCUACACAGCGAACCAGUCAUCGUGAACACACUGUUACCCACUCCAGCGCCACCGACAGUUAACACCGCUGCCCUCGAGCCUGCUGUUCAAAGUGGCGUCUUGCAACUGCGUUGGGCAGUAGCGAACGCCCGCCCCAGCUUAUCUGCCGGAGCUUUACGAGCGCCUAAUGGCGCAGAUGAUCAGGUGUCUCGGUUGCUGAAGGAAUGGGCCCAGGAAACGAGCCUGGAUGAUGGCGCUGUCGACUUCAAGGCGCGCUUCGAUCGCUACGACGUUGAUGGCAGUGGAUAUCUCGAACUACCCGAGUUCCAAACCCUUUUAAACGAGUUGGGAGUGCCGCCGACUCCAGAGCGACUCGCAGCGUACUUUGCAGCUUUUGAUCUCGAUUCUGAUGGCAAGAUUUCGUUCCCUGAAUUCGCUCGCUGGUGGACACAAUCGGAUGUCCACUACGUACUGAAGCGCGACGCUGGUUGUCGGGACGGAGAGGAAGAGGAUGCACAGGUGCCAGGAGGAACCUCGAAAGCUGACGAGAUGCGUCUUGUGAGCUAUCGUGGCUCUGAAGCAACAGCGACCGUGAGUGGCUUAGAGCCGAACACUCGCUACCAUUUCCGCCUACGACUGGUAGGAGCUCACGCAUCGAGUGGACUUAGUGAGGCACUGACAAUCUAUACCGCCCCCAGUGCUCCCACAUGCGUCGGGAGAGUGGAUGUGGGCUCCGAUACUGCACUCGUCCGCUGGCAUCCAGGCCCGGGUGGUGCAGUUCGAUAUACUGUAGACUGCAAACGCAUCGAGGCGCUGACCCCACGAGCUUCCAGCAUGAAUGAUGGCCCCAGCGAAUGGCGUCGUGUAUUCGAUGGUCGUGAGCCUCUGGCAUAUCUUCGCGAGCUGCAGCCAGAGAUGGUGUAUCGUCUUCGAGUGUUUGCCAUCAACAGCGAUGGAAUCCCCAGCGCACAGUCGACGGUCUCGCAACUCUACACGACUAGCAAAGAGGACGCACAACGUCGAGCUCGACUGGCCAAACGAUAUGGAAAUGCUGCCGACUAUUUCACCAUCGAAUGCGGGCCCGAGGAAGGAGAUGUGGUACUUGGCGACACUGUGCUCUUCUGCGAACGUCUCAUGCGUCGUACUACAGACGCUGAUCGUUUCUCGAGAUCCACUUCGGGUUUGACACAGGCCUCGGUAUAUUCAGUGACCAGCUCCACUGGAGGCGCCGAGGCUAUUGGAGAACGCACCGUUGCAGCGAAAGUUGUAGGGAUUUCCCGACAUCCUCGACACGGGAACGUGUUGGCACUCACCGUGGUCUGGUGCACUGUUCAGCUCUACAACGUGGAGUCUUCAGCGACUACUUCAAGUCGAGGAGGCACGAGAGUUAGCGGAAGGAAGAAGGUGUCAACGACCCACAAAACCAGUCGAGGCCUUGUAGGUACCGACUCACUCGCCACGGAUCUCAAAAUCUCGAGGCCUGAACGGAAUUUGUAUCGCUUUGACACGUUCCGGGCGGAGUGGGAGGACGAAGCUGCUCGAUAUCCAAGCACAUGGGAUAAGUAGACACAACACAGUAGAUAGCUGG